AGCGGCGCGCCGCGACGGCUGCAUGGACGCGUCUACAGCCCCGCACCGUAUCCCACCCGAGAUGCCUCAGUACGGGGAGGCGAACCACAUCUUCGAGUUGAUGCAGAACAUGCUGGAGCAACUUCUGAUCCACCAGCCUGAGGACCCCAUCCCCUUCAUGAUCCAACACUUGCGUAGAGACAACGACAAUGUGCCGAGGAUUGUAAUAUUAGGUCCACCCGCCUCGGGGAAAACAACCAUAACAGUUCCCAGCGCACUGCUCGUCCAACUGAUUCAGGAACGCCUGGCUAAAGAGGAUUGCGUCAAGCGGGGCUGGAUUCUGGACGGCAUCCCUGAGACGCGUGAGCAGGCUCUGAGGAUCCAGACCCUUGGGAUUGCCCCCAGACACGUCAUCAUGCUGAGUGCUCCAGACACGGUCCUGAUCGAGAGAAACUUGGGGAAGAGAAUCGAUCCUCAAACUGGAGAGAUUUAUCACACCACCUUUGACUGGCCACCCGAAUCUGAAAUUCAGAACCGUCUGAUGGUGCCAGAGGGCAUCUCAGAGCUGGAGACGGCUCAGAAACUGCUGGAGUAUCACAGGAACAUCGUCAGGAUCAUCCCCUCCUACCCCAAGAUCCUCAAGGUCAUCAGUGCUGACCAGCCGUGUGUGGACGUCUUCUACCAAGCUCUGACCUAUGUCCAAAGCAACCAUCGUACUAAUGCCCCGUUCACCCCGAGGGUGCUGCUGCUCGGGCCCGUGGGCAGUGGGAAAAGUCUGCAGGCUGCCCUCCUGGCCCAGAAAUACAGGCUUGUCAACGUCGGCUGUGGGCAACUGCUGAAAGAGGCCGUGGCAGACGCGACCACGUUUGGCGAGCACAUUCGGCCCUAUUUUGAAAAGGGGAUGGCAGUUCCUGAUAGCCUCCUCGUGAAGGUGCUGAGCCAGCGCCUGGACCAGCAGGACUGCAUUCAGAGAGGCUGGGUGCUGCACGGCUUCCCGAGGGACCUGGACCAGGCACACCUGCUGAAUAGCCUGGGCUACAAUCCCAACAGGGUGUUUUUCCUGAAUGUGCCGUUUGAGUCCAUCAUGGAGCGGCUGACUCUGAGAAGAACUGAUCCAGUCACGGGGGAAAGGUACCACCUCAUGUACAAGCCACCUCCCACCAUGGAGAUCCAGGCUCGUCUCCUGCAGAACCCGAAGGACUCUGAAGAGCGGGUCAAGCUGAAAAUGGAUCUGUUCUACAGGAACGCGGCUGACUUGGAGCAGCUGUACGAGUCGGCCAUCACCCUCAAUGGGGACCAGGACCCAUACACAGUCUUCGAAUAUAUCGAGAGCGGGAUCAUCAAUCCCCUGCCCAAGAAAAUCCCCUAACGGGUUCGGAGCCAGGAGUGCCCCCCAGGGAAAUGAGUUCAUCCCCUACCCCCCACCUCUGGAAAGCUCCCCUAAAAAGCCAAUAAAGAAUGCUGGGUACCGUCUCCUGCAUCCUGAAGG